GCAUUCAUCAAAGUUAUCUGCUAAUGAGUAGAAUUUUACUUUUGACAUGCUGUCGAAGCUUGGCUGUAAAUCAGAUACGAAAUAUUGGAUGCAUUGAUUUCAAUAUAGGCGAAUCAAUUGAGGAUUAAGAGUUCGGAAUUAUUUCAGUACCAUCAUUUGUAGCUCUGUUUCGAAAUGCCGUUUGGAUAUCUCUUCCGGAGAACAUGGUCAUCCACAGACCGACUUGAUGGCAAAACAGUGCUCAUAACUGGAGCCAACACUGGUAUUGGCAAAGAGACAGCGCUGGACCUGGCAAAGAGAGGGGCCAGGAUAAUCAUGGCCUGCAGAGACAUGGAGAAAGCUGAGGGGGCCCUGAAAGAAGUCAUAGAAGGCUCUGGUAGCCAAAAUGUUGUCAUCAAGAAGCUUGAUUUGUCAGACACCAAGUCCAUCCGCGAGUUUGCAGAGACUAUUAACAAGGAGGAGACGAAACUCAACAUCCUCAUCAACAAUGCUGGCGUCAUGGUGUGUCCGCAUGGGAAAACAGCUGAUGGAUUUGAAAUGCAGAUUGGCGUCAACCACAUGGGUCACUUCCUGUUGACCCACUUAUUGGUUGACCUGAUCAAAAGGUCGACCCCGGCCAGGAUCAUCAAUGUGUCCUCCAUGGCUCAUUCCUGGGGCACCAUCAACCUGGACGACAUCAACAGUGAGAAGGGCUAUGACAAGAAGAAAGCGUACAGCCAGAGCAAGCUAGCUAAUGUCCUCUUCACCCGCUCCCUUGCCAAGAAGCUACAAGGCACUGGUGUGACGGCAUACUCCCUCCACCCUGGCGUGGUUCAGACUGACCUGUGGCGGCACCUGAGCGCACCUCAGGCAGCUAUCAUGAAGAUGAUCAGUCCCUUCACCAAGACAUCCGUGCAAGGAGCUCAGACCACUAUCUACUGUGCUGUGGCACCUGAACUGGAAACUGAGAGUGGUGGAUAUUACAGUGACUGCGCACCAGCCAACUGCUCAAGCUCUGCUUCAGACGAUGACACGGCCCAGAAACUGUGGGAGCUAAGCUGCCGGAUGCUUUCGCUGUCAUGGGAUUGAAUAACUCCCAAAAGGUGUAUGGUUUACAUUUUGAGAUGUAUGAGCACUGAAGAAUACAAAACAUGUACAGCAUCUUAAAUGAAAGUCCUUUGUCCCAUGGAUACAUUCCAACAUAUCAUAUUAUGAUGUGGUAUUUUAAUUGAAAUGAUGUAGUUGACAGUACUUGUAGAUGUAACAUACAAAAUACAAUUUAACAUGGUUCAUUGCCACUGGCAUUUGAGAUGGAAUAUAUGUAUUUUUUUUCCCGUACUGUACACACAGUCAUAUAAUAUUGUACAUUAUUAGACUGCUGUUUAUUGUCGAUAAGUAAGUAAUCACACCAACAUUAAAUCACUCAUCUGUAACUGCUCCAUCAAUUUUGGGACUUUUUAAAAUUAAUAUAUAUAAUUAAUUAAUGUGUGUUGAUAUACAGUACCAGUCAAGUUUGAACACACCUACUCAUUCAAGGGUUUUUCUUUAUUUUACUAUUUUCUACAUUGUAGAAUAAUAGUGAAGACAUCAGAACUAUGAAAUAGCACACAUGGAAUCGCGUAGUAACCAGUAGCCACUCUUUGCCUUGAUGACAGCUUUGCACGCUCUUGGCAUUCUCUCAACCAGCUUGAAGGAGUUCCCACAUAAAAAUGAUGCUGAGCACUUGUUUGCUGCUUUUCCUUCAUUAUGCGGUCCAACACUUCCCAAACCAUCUCAAUUGGGUUUAGGUUGGGUGAUUGAAGACCAGGUCAUCUCAUGCAGCACUCCAUCACUUUCCUUGGUCAAAUAGCCCUUACACAGCCUGGAGGUGUACUGGUUCAUUGUCCUGUUGAAAAACAAAUGAUAGUCCCACUAAUCGCUAACCAGAUGGGAUGGUGUAUAGCUGCAGAAUGCUGUGGUAGCCAUGCUGGUUAAGUGUGCCUUUCAAUUCUAAAUAAAUCACAGACCGUGUCACCUGCAAAGCACCAUCACACCUCCUCCAUACCUCAUGGUGGGAACCACACAUGAGAUCAUUCAACUACUCUGUGUCUCACAAAGACCCGGCAGAUGGAACCAAAAAUCUCAAAUUUGGACUCAUCAGACCAAAGGACAGAUUUCCACUGGUCUAAAGUCCAUUGCUGGUGUUUCUUGGCCCAAGCAAGUCUCUUUUUAUUAUUGGUGUCCUUUAGUGGUUUCUUUGCAGCAAUUUGACCAUGGCCUGAUUCACACUAUGUCCUCUGAACAGUUGAUUUGGAGAUGUGUCUGUUACUGAGGUGCAGUUAACUAAUGAAAUUAUCCUCUGUAGCAGAGGUAACUCUGGGUCUUCCUUUCCUGUGGCGGUCCUCAUGAGAGCCAGUUUUAUCAUUGCGCUUUAUGGUUUAUGCGACUGCACAUUAAGACAUUUUAAAAGUUCUUGAAAUGUUCAGAAUUGACUGACCUUCAUGUCUUAAAUUAAUGAUGGACUGUCAUUUCGCUUUGCUUAUUUGAGCUGUUCUUGCCGUAAUAUGGACUUGGUCUUUUACCAAAUAGGGCUAUUUUCUUUAUACCACCCUACCUUGUCACAACACAACUGAUUGGUUCAAACGCAGUAAGAAGAAAAUAAAUUCCACAAAUGAACUUUUAACAAGGCACACCUGUUAAUUGAAAUGCAUUCCAGGUGACUACCCCAUGAAGCUGGUUGAGAGAAUGUGAAAAGCUGUCAUCAAGGCAAAGGGUGGCUACUUUGGACAAUAUCAAAUAAAAAAAUAGAUUUUGAUUUGUUUAACACUUUUUUUGGUUGCUACAUAAUUCCAUGUGUGUCAUUUCAUAUGUCUUCACUAUUAUUCUACAAUGUAGAAAAUAGUAAAACAAUUAAGAAAAACCCUGGAAUGAGUAGGUGUGUCCAAACUUUUGAAUGGUGCUGUAUACCCAAUAUAACUUGAAUGCCUAAUGAGCUCAGUUCAACUGCCGUACCCCAUCAAAACCCAAAAUAUGAGAUUGUUUUACUCUAUUGCUUAUAAACAAUGUCAUUUUUAACCAUGGUUAAAACUAUAAUAUUGAUACCAUGGGUGGUCAGUCCUUGCAAAUAGCUCUGAAUUUGAGAGUGGUGACAUUAACCCAGCCCCAUCCCUCAGCUCUUUACUAAAUCAGUGGCGGGAUUGUCGCUUUGUUACUGUUUCAAAUACAGACUUCCCCUUUAGGGGUAUUUACCUACUUCGGAUUUCAUAAUGAAUUUCCACUGUAUAGUGGCUUUCAAAUAAUAUUUUCUACGUUUAAAAAAAACAUUCUAACUAAAACAGUUUUCUAAAAUGAUGCUAUAAUUUUCUAAACACUUACAAUUACAAAGGGCUGCCUUUAGCAUCAUGUAAUUUCCUUGUUAAAUGUGGUCUAUUUUUCUAUUAUGAUAGAGCAUUAAAAUAUCUAUCUACCAGGA